CUGAAAGGUCUCAGUUGUGUGUUGUGUUGUUGGGUGAAGGGGAGACCCGGCAGCCCCUGAGGACUUUUGCAAAAUCGGAGGUCAUAGAUCCAGCACUUGCCUUUACUGAAGGAUCCAGCAGAGGAGGAAGGUGAUUCACAGGACCAGGUGGAGGCUGUCUGGAGAGGAAGGGAGGAUGAAGGAAGAGCAGGACUCAGUUGGUCCAGAGACAAGAGAAGGCCCCGAAGCCACCGAGGCUGGGAGCGGAAGGGAAGUGUGGGAAGGCGCCAUGCAGAAGAGCCUGGGAGAGGAUUUUCCCCCUUCAGAUGGGCAGUGCCAGCAAUUCAGGCACUUCCGCUACCAGGAGGCCGAAGGGCCCCGAGAGGCUUGCAGCCGACUGCACCAUCUGUGCCACCAGUGGCUGGAGCCAGAAAGGCACAGCAAGAAGGAGAUCCUGGAUCGGGUGAUCCUUUACUGGUUCUUGGCUGUCCUGCCCCCAGAGAUGGAGAGCUGGGUCAGGGAAUGUGAACCGGAGACCAGUGACCAGGCAGUGGCCCUGGCAGAAGGUUUCCUCAUGAGCCAGGCAGAUGCCAAGAUUCAGGUCCAGCAGGUGCAAGAUAAAAUCGCCCAGGAACAUUACCACGGAGCGGCAUUUCUUGUUGGGGCCUUGAAUCCAGCAAUAUAUUCUUUGUCAACUCUUUGCAGCAAAGAAAAAGAAACUGCUUUUUGGCCAGAUCGGGGUCGAGUGACCUUCGAGGAUGUAUAUGUGCAUUUCACUCAGGAGGAGUGGGCUUUGCUGGAUCCGGACCAAAGAAAACUUCACAAGGAAGUCAUGGAGGACAAUUGCCAGAAUGUGGCCUCUCUGCGACUUCUGGUUCCCAGACCUGAAUGUAUUUCCAUGCUGCAAGGAAAUGGAAAUCCAUUUUUCCAGGACCCAGAAGAAAGAAAGAGAUCAGUAGAACCCUUUUCUCUGGGAAGCGCCAUCCAUAACAUUGGAGGGAGCAGAAGGAGCAUUACAGCCGCCCCUGCUACGUUCCAAUGGAUGGAGCAUCAGUUCCGCCCCUGCUAUGAGACAGAGGCUGAUGGUCCUCAGGAAAAACCUGGGGGAGAACUGCAAAAGCUCCUACUGGAAGGGGAACAGCAGAGAAGAACCAAUGGAACGACAUGGAAAAGGGGGAAUGAAUAUUCUUCUUCUCAGGGUGCUGAACCCCAGGACAUCUUACAAUACUAUGGAAACAUCAGUUGCCCCGUGUGUGGAAAAACAUUCAUUUAUCAAUCAGAGUUUAAUACGCACUGGAGAAUACACACAGGGGAGAAACCUUAUAAAUGUGUGGACUGUGGAAAAUGCUUUGCUCGGAGUGCACAGCUUACCUCUCAUCGACGUAUCCAUACCGGGGAGAAACCGUAUCAAUGUGUGGACUGUGGAAAAUACUUUGCUCGGACGACACAGCUUACUACCCAUCGACGUAUCCAUACUGGAGAGAAACCAUAUAAAUGCUUGGUGUGUGGGAAGAGCUUUGCUCGGAGUGCAAACCGUAUUGUUCAUCAACGUACCCACACAGGAGAGAAACCCUAUAAAUGUGUGGACUGUGGAAAGAACUUUGCUCAGAGUUCACAUCUUAUUGCACAUCAACUUAUCCAUACUGGGAAGAAGCCAUAUAAAUGUGUGGAUUGUGGAAAGCUCUUUGCUCAGAAUACAGAGCUUACUGCCCAUAGGCGUAUCCACACAGGGGAGAAACCCUAUAAAUGUGUGGACUGUGGAAAGAGCUUUGUUCGGAGUACACAGCUUACUAUCCAUCGACGUAUCCACACAGGAGAGAAACCAUAUACAUGUGUGAACUGUGGAAGGAGCUUUACUCAGAGCACACAUCUUAUUUUACAUCAACGUACCCAUACCGGCGAGAAACCAUAUAAAUGUAUGGACUGUGGAAAGAGCUUUACUCGGAGUUCAUUGCUUUCUGCUCAUCGCUGUAUCCACACAGAGGAGAAACCAUACAAAUGUAUGGACUGUGGAAGGAGCUUUACUCAGAGAACACAUCUUAUUUUACAUCAAUGUAUCCAUACUGAGGAGAAACCAUAUCAAUGUAUGGACUGUGGAAAGUGCUUUGCUCAGAGUGCACAGUUUUAUCUCCAUCAAUGUAUCCACUCAGGAGAGGAAUCAAAUAACCACUUAGAUUGUGGCCGAAUAUCCUUUGAAGACGUGGCUGUCUAUUUCACCAAAGGGGAGUGGAGCCUGCUGAGCUCAGUCCAGAGGAGUCUUUAUAAGGAAGUCAUACUGGAGAAUUUUGGAAAUGUGACUUCUUUGGGACCUCUGAGGGCCAAACCUGAUCUCGUAUCCUGGCUGGAGGAAGAGGAGGAGCUGCUUUUCGUGUUCUCUGAUGAAGAGGAGAGCUUGGCAGUGUGUGGGAAAAUCUUUGGGCUGAAACAGAUUCUAACUUCACACCAAAGAAUUCACACAGGGGAGAAACCAUAUAAAUGCCUGGAGUGUGGAAAAAGCUUCAGUCACAGUGGAAGCCUUUCUUACCACAAAAGAAUUCACACAGUGGAGAAACCAUAUAGAUGCCUGGCAUGUAAAAAAAGCUUCAGUCACAGUAGAAGCCUUUCUUCCCACCAAAGAAUUCACACAGGGGAGAAGCCAUAUAAAUGCCCAGAGUGUGGAAAGUGCUUCAGUCACAGUGGACACCUUUCUACCCACCAAAGAAUUCACAGAGGGGAGAAGCCAUAUAAAUGCCUGGAGUGUGGAAAGUGCUUCCGUUUCAGUGGAAGCCUUUCUUCCCAUCAAAGAAUUCACACAGGCGAGAAACCCUAUAAAUGCUUGGUGUGUAAGAAAAGCUUUAAAUGUAGUGGAAGCCUUUCUUCCCACCAAAAAAUUCACACAGGGGAGAAGCCAUACAGAUGCCUGGAGUGUGGAAAGUGCUUUAGUCACAGAGGGCACCUUUCUUCUCACCAAAGAAUUCAUACAGGGGAGAAACCACACAGAUGCCAGGAGUGUGGAAAGUGCUUCAGUCGUAGUGGAAGCCUUUCUUCCCACCAAAGAAUUCACUCAGGGGAGAAACCAUAUAGAUGCCUGGAGUGUGGAAAGUGCUUCAGUCACAGUGGAAGCCUUUCUUCCCACCAAAGAAUUCACUCAGGGGAGAAACCAUAUAAAUGCCUGGAGUGUGGAAACAGCUUCAGUCGCAGUGCAAAUCUUUCUUCCCACCAAAGAAUUCACUCAGGGGAGAAACCAUAUAGAUGCCUGGAGUGUGGAAAAAGCUUCAGUCACAGUGGAAGCCUUUCUUCCCACCAAAGAAUUCACUCAGGGGAGAAACCAUAUAGAUGCCUGGAGUGUGGAAAAAGCUUCAGUCACAGUGGAAGCCUUUCUUCCCACCAAAGAAUUCACACAGGAGAGAAGCCAUAUAGAUGCCUGGAGUGUGGAAACAGCUUCAGUCGCAGAUCUCAUCUUACUGUCCAUCAACGUAUCCACACAGGGGAGAAACCAUUUAAAUGUGUGGACUGUGGAAAGAAAUUUGCUCAAAGAAUGCAGCUUACUGUCCAUCGACGUAUCCAUACUGGGGAAAAACCAUAUAAGUGUGAGGACUGUGGCAAGAGCUUUGUUCGAAGUACGCAGCUUACUGUCCAUCGACGUAUCCAUUCAGGGGAGAAACCUUUUAAGUGUGUGGACUGUGGAAAGGCCUUUGCUCAGAGUACGCACCUUACUGCCCAUCGACGUAUCCAUUCAGGGGAGAAACCUUUUAAAUGUGAGGAUUGUGGAAAGAGUUAUGCUUGGAGUACACAGCUUACUGUCCAUCGAUGUAUGCAUUCAGGUGAGAAACCAUUUAAAUGUGUGGACUGUGGAAAGAGCUUUGCUCAGAAUGGACACCUUACUGUCCAUCAACGUAUCCACACUGGAGAGAAACCAUUUAAAUGCGUGGAAUGUGGAAAGACCUUUGCUCAAAGAAUACAGCUUACUGUCCAUCAACAUAACCACACAGGGGAGAAACCAUUUAAGUGUGAGGACUGUGGAAAGAGCUUUGCUCGGAGUACACAAUUAAACGUCCAUCAGCGUAUGCAUUCAGGGGAGAAACCAUUUAAAUGUGUGGACUGUGGAAAGAGCUUUACUUGGAGUUCAAACCUUAUUGUCCAUCAACGCAUGCAUACAGGGGAGAAACCAUAUAAGUGUAUGGACUGUGGAAAGAGCUUUGCUGAGCGUACAUAUCUUACUGCCCAUCGACACAUCCAUUCAGGGGAGAAACCUUUUAAAUGUAUGGACUGUGGCAAGAGCUAUGCUCGGAGUACAGAUUUUAAUAUCCACCGGCUUACUCAUUCAGGGGAGGAACCAUAUAAGUGUGAGGACUGUGGAAAAAGCUUUGCUCAUAGUGCACAUCUUACUGUCCAUCGACGUAUCCAUACAGGGGAGAAACUAUAUAAAUGUGUGGACUGUGGGAAGAACUUUAUUCAUAGUGCACAUCUUACUGGCCAUCGACGUAUCCAUACAGGGGAGAAACCAUAUACAUGUGCAGACUGUGGAAAGAGCUUUACUCAUAAAGCACAAGUUACUGCCCAUCAACGUAUGCAUUCAGGAGAGAAACCGUUUAAAUGUGUGGACUGUGGAAAGAGCUUUAUUUGGAGUUCAAGCCUUAUUGUCCAUCGACGUAUCCAUACUGGGGAGAAAGCAUAUAAGUGUGAGGACUGUGGAAAAAGCUUUGUUCAGAGUACAGCACUUACUGUCCAUCGACGUAUCCACACAGGGGAGAAACCAUUUAAAUGCGUGGACUGUGGAAAGAGCUAUGCUUGGAGUACGGAGCUUACUGUUCAUCGACGUAGCCAUACCGGGGAGAAACCAUAUAAGUGUGAGGACUGUGGCAAGAGCUUUAGCCGGAAUCAGUUGCUUACCAUCCAUCGACGUAUCCAUACCGGGGAAAAACCAUAUAAGUGUGAGGACUGUGGAAAGAGCUUUGUUCGAAGUACGCAGCUUACUGUCCAUCAACGUAUCCACACAGGGGAGAAACCAUUUAAAUGUGUGGACUGUGGAAAGAGCUUUGUUCGAAGUACGAACCUUACUGUCCAUCGACGUAUCCAUUCAGGGGAGAAACCUUUUAAAUGUGUGGACUGUGGAAAGAGCUUUGCUCGGAGUACACAGCUUACUGUCCAUCAACGUAUCCACACAGGGGAGAAACCAUUUAAAUGUGUGGACUGUGGAAAGAGCUUUGUUCGAAGUACAUACCUUACUGCCCAUCGACGUAUCCAUUCAGGGGAGAAACCUUUUAAAUGUGAGGAUUGUGGAAAAAGUUAUGCUUGGAGUGCGCAGCUUACUGUUCAUCGACGUAUCCAUUCAGGGGAGAAACCUUUUAAAUGUGUGGACUGUGGAAAGAGCUUUGCUCGGAGUACAGAUUUUAAUAUCCAUCGGCUUACUCAUCCAGGGGAGGAGCCAUAUAAGUGUGAGGACUGUGGAAAGAGCUUUGUUCGAAGUACGAAGCUUACUGUCCAUCAACGUAUCCACACAAGGGAGAAACCAUUUAAAUGUGUGGACUGUGGAACGAACUUUGCUCAAAGAAUGCAGCUUACUGUCCAUAGACGUAUCCAUACCGGGGAAAAACCAUACAAGUGUGAGGACUGUGGCAAGAGCUUUGUUCGAAGUACACAGCUUACUGCCCAUCGACGUAUCCAUUCAGGGGAGAAACCUUUUAAAUGUGAGGAUUGUGGAAAGAGUUAUGCUUGGAGUACGCAGCUUACUGCCCAUCGACAUAUCCAUUCAGGGGAGAAACCUUUUAAAUGUGUGGACUGUGGAAAGAGCUUUGCUCAGAGUCCAUCCCUUACUGCCCAUCGACGUAUCCAUUCAGGGGAGAAACCUUUUAAAUGUAAGGAUUGUGGAAAGUGUUAUGCUUGGAGUACGCAGCUUACUGUCCAUCGACGUAUCCAUUCAGGGGAGAAACCUUUUAAAUGUGUGGACUGUGGAAAGAGCUUUGCUCAGAGUUCAUCCCUUACUGCCCAUCGACGUAUCCAUUCAGGGGAGAAACCUUUUAAAUGUGAUUGUGGAAAGAGCUUUGCUCAAAGAAUACAGCUUACUGUCCAUCGACGUAUCCAUUCAGGGGAGAAACCUUUUAAAUGUGAGGAUUGUGGAAAGUGUUAUGCUUGGAGUACGCAGCUUACUGUCCAUCGACGUAUCCAUUCAGGGGAGAAACCAUUUAAAUGUGUGGACUGUGGAAAGAGAUUCGCUCAGAAUGGACACCUUACUGUCCAUCAACCUCUGAGCUUUGCUCAGAGUACGCAGCUUACUGCCCAUCGACGUAUCCAUUCAGGGGAGAAACCAUUUAAAUGUGAGGAUUGUGGAAAGAGUUAUGCUUGGAGUACACAGCUUACUGUCCAUCGAUGUAUGCAUUCAGGUGAGAAACCAUUUAAAUGUGUGGACUGUGGAAGGAGCUUUACUUGGAGUUCAAACCUUAUUGUCCAUCAACGCAUGCAUACAGGGGAGAAACCAUAUAAGUGUGUGGACUGUGGAAAGAGAUUUGCUGAGCAUACGUAUCUUACUGCCCAUUGA